UUUUGUGAAUGAAAGGGGAGAAGGGGGUCUGCGCCUGUCCUGCCCCAGACAGGCGAGAUUCACGCCUGUUGGGGCCGCCGUGCCACCGGACACUCCGGACCAUGACUUUGGACAGCAAACUCAUGGAGGAGACGGACAUUGACGUGGAGGGACAGACGGACAGGGAUGAAGAUGUGAAGAACACAGGUUUUUCAGUGAUAAAUGCGGGUAAUUCAGGCUUUGAGCAGAGCGCUGCAUCCUUCACUCCUGAGGUGCGGGAGGAGGGAGACUUUGCAGCCCGGUUACAGGAUGGUCCAGGCAGGAGAACCGCCUCGGUGAAGCCCCCGUACUCUUACAUCGCUCUCAUCACCAUGGCCAUCCUCCAGAGCCCGAAAAAGCGACUCACCCUCAGUGAGAUCUGUGAUUUUAUCAGCCAGCGCUUUGUGUAUUAUCGUGAGAAGUUCCCUGCGUGGCAAAACUCAAUCCGUCACAACCUGUCCCUGAAUGACUGCUUUGUCAAAAUGCCCCGGGAGCCUGGGAAUCCUGGGAAGGGAAAUUAUUGGACCCUGGAUCCCAUGUCGGCUGAUAUGUUUGAAAACGGGAGUUUUCUCCGGCGGAGGAAACGCUUCAAAAGGCAACAUUUCUAUCUGGGAGCGCUGAAGGACUCUGGAGCGAAGGAGCGCAGCCUGAUGCCAGUUUUUCCUCUCCUCGGAGCGCACGGGAUGACUUCUUGUCUCCAGGGUCCUGAUUUGUACCAAGACCUGGGUUUAAGGAGUCGUUUGAGCUCACACACAAGUCCCAGCAUCCCACCUGUAAGCAGCAUCAUACCUGCACUCUCCUCGCUCCUCUCCAAGAAUUUCCCCUCAUGUCUAACCUUUGAACAUUUCGACUAUGGACGCUGCGCCGCGGUCCCAUCUCUGGCUCCAAACUGCUCCUUCAUACCUCCUGUCUCGCUGCAUGGAGUGAUACCCAGCUACCCUGUUUCUCAGCUCUCCAAUUUUCCCACUGGGAUCAUAAAAGUUCCGUCUAAUUUAAUUUGAUGUAGUGACCCCCGCCUGUCUUGAACGGAAUCUUCUUCCUCUCAGCCUGAGAACAAACCUCAUGGUACAUUGUGUAAAAUACAGUUUUUAAUGAUGGCAAACAGGCCUCCAUAUUCAGCUAUUUGUUUUUGAAAACUGGUU